AUGCCAUUCCCAUACCUAUCUUUCCAAACUUUCAUCCUCAUGAUGGUCAUCCCCAUCGUUAUUCUCAAAGAUAUUCAAUGGCGAUAUCAACAACUCAAAUCCCAUAUCAAACGUCUGACCAAUUCGAUUGUAUACGAUUUCAUUCCUACAGUUGGAGUUUAUACCUUGAUUGGUUGUUUGGCUGUGCCAGCUAUAAUGUUCAUGGUAUUAUUCAAACUCUCAUCAUAUAUCGUACGAACACUUUGUUCAGUAUUCCUAUUCUUAUCGAAAUCUUCAACCAUCUCCCUUGAAGAAAAAGAAGCAGACGGGAGAGAAGAAGAAUAUGAAUUCCAAGAAAAAUCAACAUCAACUUCGCCACUUAUUUCGACCAUUAACGAUUCAACGGUUAGUACCAGUUCAGCUUCAAGCGACAAUUCGUCAUCUGGUCCAGGUACACCCACCACCCCUAUCAAUACGGCAUCUAUCGAAUCGUGGUCAUACGGUGUAUACCUCAAACGAUACCCUUCACUAACCGUUGAUUCGCGACUCGAAUUCGACUCUGAACAAUUCGAAGACGAUGACGAUGACCGACUCGAGUACGUUAAAGAACCUCAACCUAAAUUCGAAAGAGGCGGUGAUUACCCUUAUUUGCCACUCCGGUUGAACGUGGAUGACAAUAUAUCACCCACCUCGACCAGCUCGUACUUCAUUGCGAUCGACACCGAUACAUCUUGCGAUAACACUCCGAUCACGAUCCACUCUGACGAUCCGACCAUCGCCACACGCACUAGAGAAGAUGAAAAGCAAAAGGAAGAGAACAAACGGAUCGAUAAUCGCCUUCUAAGAGCUAAAGAGAUGAACCUCAGGCAUUCCAAAUUCGUCAGAAGGUGCGAGAAAGAGAGCGAGAAGUUCAAUGCUAGCUUUCCGGGUGAAAUGGAUAUUGUAAAAAUACGAAAGAGCCUUGAGCUCAACGGAAAGAAACAUGAGAACAGCGGAGCGAAGAUGGACUUGUCUGUAAUCUAUGAAUAA